AUGCAGUCGAUUGAAGAAAAUCUCAUCAGACGGAGACCUUCAGCUGUGCCUAUAUUGAAUAAUACGUCCAUUCAUACUGCUAAUGGAGAAUUUCAAACCCCUCAGAAUGCUGUCGGUCGUGCCGACGAGACUUCGCACAAAGUAGAAAAUUCAAGCUAUGCACUGCAACAGCAACAACAGCAAAACGAUCAAUUACCGAUAUCCAAACAACCAACAAUAUCAAGUACAGCGAAUGAAAGUAUAGAAGAAGGAGAGAAAAAGCAGAGUAUUUUUCUCACAUUUUUUGGUUUGCAACUUGCUUUGUUUUUGUCUGCACUUGAUGGUACGAUUGUCGCAACUUGCUUACCUCGAAUUGGAUCUGAUUUUAAUGCAACAAGCAUUGUUGCUUGGGUUGCUACAGCAUAUAUUUUGACAUUUGAUGCAUUUCAGCCCAUGUUUGCCAGACUCUCUGAUAUUUUUGGUAGAAAGUGGGUGUUGAUUUUUGGUAUUGUAGUCUUCUUGAUAGGGUCUUUACUAUGUGCUGUUGCUAAAAAUAUGAUCUGGUUGAUUAUUUGUAGAGCAAUUGCUGGUAUUGGAGGAGCAGGCAUUUUCUCAAUGGUCUUCAUUAUCGUUGCUGAUAUUGUUCCUUUGGAAAAGAGAGGCAAUUACCAAGGUUUGGUUAAUGCAGUCUUUGCAUUAGCUAGUGUUUUUGGUCCUCUGAUUGGUGGAAGCUUCACCGAUUACGUAACUUGGCGUUGGAACUUUUAUAUCAAUUUGCCUAUUGGUGCAGUAGCUUUAGCUGUCAUCCUCUUUUGCUUAAAGUUACCUGUUCCUAAAGGCAGUCUCCGUUCGAAAUUAAAGCGUAUUGAUUACAUCGGAACUAUCCUGGUUCUUAGCGCUGCUACACUAUUUUUGUUAGCCAUGAAUUUUGGUGGUCAAACUUUCCCGUGGAAUCAUCCUGGCGUUGUUGUUCCUUUAGUACUGGUCGUGGUUCUUAUUGGCGUAUUCAUUUGGGUAGAACAUAAGGUCCCUGAGCCUUUGAUGCCUCUUCGACUGUUCCGUAAUCGUUCUGUAUCUGGCGUUUUAGCAUCCAAUUGGUUCUUCGGUAUAACCUUCUUUAGUGUAGUUUAUUACUUGCCCGUCUAUUUUCAGAUUGUCCGCGCAGAUACAGCCAUGUGGUCAGGCAUUCGUUUGUUUCCAAUGCAAAUGUUGAUUUCAUGCUUUUCUACUGGCUCUGGUAUCUUUAUUUCCAAGUUUGGUAUUUAUAAGCCUUUGAUGCCUCUGGGUCUUACCUUGCUGACCUUAGCCACUGGUUUAUUCGCUCUUUAUGACGAAACCACCAAUUUCUCUGAAAUUUAUGGAACGACCGUCAUUGCUGGUGCUGGUCUUGGAUUCAUGUUCUCUUCUUCCAUCAUUGCUAUUCAAGCCGCUGUCGACAACAAAGAUAUCGCUAUAGUUACUGGUCUAGCCAAUUUUAGUCGUCUUUUAGGUGGCGCGUUAGGUGUUGCAAUCUCUUCCGCUGUUCUUAACUCUACACUUGCUAAAACUUUGCCUCAGAGACUUCCUCCACCGUUGGUUCAACAAGUGCUCUCUAACCAAGAAUUUGUACAACAUGGCUUACCUGCUGAAUAUUUUGACUUCGCUAUACACUGCUUCGUCGAUGCUCUCAAACUUAAUUGGUAUAUUAUGCUCGCCAUGUCUGCAGUAGCUUGCAUUAUUUCUUUUGUGGUGAAGAACAAUUCUAUCAAGAAAGAAAGUGCGCCAUCCAAUCCCGAUAGCGCAAAGGCCUCUGAUAAUAUCAGUAGCAGAAAAUCCUCUAUCACAACAGCAACUGGUAUGGCCGAAACAGGAAUGUUGCAAGCGUUUCCUGAAAUUGCACAGCCAGAUAAUAUUGAUGAUAUUGAGGAAGUGGAUAAUCAGCAACAACAUCAGAGAAAACGUAGCAUCGAUGAAAUAUAUGAGCAUAUUCCACAUCAACAAUUGUCAAAAGAUAAAUAA